AUGUUGGUUCUGAAAGGUCUACUCUUUAUUGGCAUUGUCAUUGCGUCUGUCCAUUGUAAUAACACUGAACCUACGACUACAAUUGGAUUUAAAGAGGAAAAUGGAAAUAACACCAAGAUGGGCGUAGUUGCUCUGAGUAGCGCCGCAUCUAAUACAAACAGCUCAAUACCAACCAACGUUUCAAGUGUAACUAUGCCACAAGAAUCAAAAAUUAUUAAUAUUAAAACGCUACCCGCCAACGUUACCCAAAUCCGAAGAACUACUGUUACCAUUAACAGUCCGACUGCUUUACGUCAAAGAAAAAGGAAACGGAGAGGCAAAAAAUCUAGUGACCCAACUUUGGCGGAAGUUGAAAGCCUGCUUUAUGAGGAAUACGAUGCCAAUGGAGACAAACUCGUCGAGUUUAUGAUGUAUACUAUGGAAGACGUUUCUAAGUUCUUUGCCGGAUUUCUUCAUACGGAGAUUUGCCAUGUGAGGUGCGCGCCUACGCCAGCACAAAUAAAGAAAGAAGAAGAAGAGAAGAAAGCUGCUGAGGCUGCCGCCAGAGCCAAAACUUAGA